UCAGGGCACUGCUAAGAGCCUAAGAGUGUCCGGUCACAGAGAUUUGGGAUUUGGGAAUUUGGGAGCUGUGGCUGUGGCUGCGGCAGGAGCUGCACUGCCAGGAGCCAGGAGCGUCCGCGCCUUCGCCAGUUUGCCUGCAAGUCCGGCUCCAGGCUCCAGCCCGCCUCCGCACAUUGGCGCCGCUCCGCCGCCGUCCUUGCCGUCUUGCUGAGUGCCAGCGCCCCGCCGCCAUCCUAACCAUGGUUGGAAAUAGCAAGGGGAAGAAAAAAAAUUAACCAAAAUAGUAUAUUUUUACAUUGUCCAGUGUCUAGACUCUAGGCCUCUAGCAAUGUCUAGUAAUUUAUAGGUUAUCUUGAACAUUCGCUCUCAUUUCAGUCUCAUUUUACAUUUGCUUGUUGUGAAAAACGUUUAAAUUGCGGCAUGCAUUUUUUUAGCUCGUUGUCUCGGCAAUACCUUGAUUUUGUCGCGUCCUCCGCCACUGCCUGGCUUCUUGCUUUCUUCUGUAUAUGGCUACAGGCUACAUCGAGCAGCGCUAGUGCUACUGCUGGUGCUGGUGCUAGCGCAAGCGCUAGUGGCUAUGCUUUUUUUUUCUUAUUUAUUUUUUAAAAAAUUCUGAAACGUAUGCACGUAUCGGAGAUUUUUGGAAAAUGUUAUAUCCGUAUCUGUGUAACUUAGCUGUGCCACCGCCGGGCUGGCCGCCGCCCUGGCCAUCCCUCUAAACUGGUAGCCCUGAAAUCUCCAACCCCUAACCCCAAACUAAAUCCUCGCCGCAGAUCCCGCCGUCGGAGCUCUCUGGGAGAAGGUCGGAGCUUGCCAGAGAAGGUGGCCCCAAUUUCCUCAAUUUCCUUUUUGCCCCCGAGAUCCUCUCUGUUAAAAGAUCAACCACUAGUUAAAGUUCUAGUGGUUAGCAUUUUCGGAAAAUUGAGGCAUGAGCGUGAUGUUUUCUUCGAUAGAAAUGCAUAAUUGAUCUGAUUUAAAGAUAGUCCUUAAGAAUUCUAUUACAGCAUGGAGUCGUUAGUCAAGCAAGAGACACAACCGAAGCCGCGGCUCAUUGUCCGCCUUGGCGUAUUUCUUGCAUCUCACCACAUUCUCUUCAGUGUUAUUUGCUGCUCUGCGGGCAUUAUUGCGCUCCUCCUCCUCCCUUCACUUGCCAAAAAUACAUACCUCUCGGAGAAUGCUCUUAUACCUGGCUCUGCCACUCCACUAUUUUCUACUGAAGAUGCCAUCGAAGCAAACAGAUUUAUGAAAGGAAUUGAAGCUGCGGAUGGGGAUUCGAUAGGUGGCAUAGAUAUGGCAAAAUUCAUUGCCAAACAAAUAGAAGAACUGGGUGCAGAAGUAUGUUACCAUAAGUUCCUCCCUCAUAGCAAGCAUUUUCAUCCUCUGAAGUUCUUCACCUCCAUGUCAAAUGACAUGGCAAUUCAACCUAAUGGCACUGACACCAAUUUUGGGAUAAACACUGUUGGCAUUAUACGAGCUCCUCGAGGCGAUGGGAAAGAAGCAAUAGUGCUGGUUACUCCUUAUAAUUCUCAGAGAGUUCACUCAAAUGAAUUAUUAUCCCUGGCCCUUGGUUUCUCUGUGUUCUCCCUCUUAAGCCGAGCAGCAUGGCUGUCCAAGGAUAUUGUGUGGCUAUCCGCAGACUCACAGUUUGGAGAGUAUGCUGCAGUCUCUGCAUGGUUAAACCUGUAUCAUAAUCCAGUAUUCCCGAGUCAUUCUGUGAUACUAGAUACCAAGAUACAUGGUGCAGACCAUAUAUAUGAUGGCAAUGCAGAAAAGGCAGAAUUUGAGGCUUUCAAACGUGCUGGAACGAUGGCUGCUGCUCUCAUAUUUAAAGUUGGUGAGACCAGGAGAUAUGGUGACAGAGAUAGUGUUACGAUGUAUGCAGAGGCAUCUAAUGGACAAAUGCCAAACCUGGACCUUCUGAAUGUCGUACACUAUUUAGCUGUUCAUAGACAAGGUUUCCGUGUGAACAUCGCGGCAUUUAGUUCUUUGCUGAGCUCUGCAUGGCUUAGGGUUAUUGCUGAUUUUUUUCAUACUCUUGGGACUGUGUUAAGAAAAAUAAAUCCUGACUGGAAGCUUGAUAUUGCAGUCCCUGAUUAUGUGGAGGGGACUGCAAACCUAGCUAGCUCUAUAUACAAACAGGCUAUUGGAGUGCCCACAGGAUCCCAUGGCGCUUUCCGUGAUUAUCAAGUUGACGCGGUUUCGUUAGAAUUUACACCAACAUUCAAUGUCAGGAAUGAGAAUGCUAAAUCUUUAUUUCUUCUAAGGGGGGGGAGGUUAGUUGAAGGAGUGGUGCGUUCAGUAAAUAAUCUGCUUGAGAAGUUCCAUCAGUCCUUUUUCCUCUACUUCCUUACGGCUCCAAGCAAGUUCAUUUCUGUUGGUGUGUAUAUGAUUCCGUUUGCACUGCUUUUGGCACCCCUCCCAAUAGUUGCUGCUGCUCUUGCUGAUGGCAGUAAAACCAUGAAAAAAUUGGCAGAGAAGUCUAUAGGUGACAGUAAAACAAAUGGCAGCGCUGAUUUUCUGCAAAGUAAGGGUGGAUCAUGGAAAUGGCUUCAAGCUGCAAAAGUCUUGCUUGUUAUCCAACUUUGGGCAGUUCUUGUUUCACUACUUCCAUAUUACAUUACUCAGAUCCCUGAUGCCACACCGAUACAAAGCUCAGUGAUCUGGGCUAUGCUUUCCAUCGUCAUACUGAUUGCCCUUUAUGUCAUGUCCGGCUCGCCGUACUCAGCUGGUGUUGAAUGGAAACUUCUGAAAGCUACGAUGAUCACUUCCAUCUCCAUAGGACUUGGGCUCAUGUCGAUCAUAAAUUUUGCCACAGCGCAGCUUGGGGCUCUGAUAAUGAUCCCGAUGUGUCUGUUUUCUCGGCCUCUGAAGGCACGCUCUGGGAUGAAUUUCCUUCCUCGUGCUGUAUUGUUGGCUUCAAACAUAACUCUUGCCGUGGUGGGUUUUCCUCCAGCUGCAUUGUUGAUUAUGAAAGGGCUGUCCAAGGGGUCCUGGACGGUAGACAUUGGAGAGUUCUGGGUUUGGAUGGAGUUCUUGUGGGAAUGGAGCAGCGCGACAUAUCUGUACCUGUUUCUUGUCCAUCUUCCCUGCUGGCUGCUGUGCAUCCAUGUAUUGCUGCACCCAUGCAGCCAAUCGGAAUCGAAGAUGAAGCAGGAGUAGCGUAUGGUCUCUAGAAUCUUUUUUCAUUUUGGAAUUGUAGACAACAGUGUAGAGGAUAUUUCUGACUUUAAGUACUUUCGAUCACCCGACCAUUUACUUGGUUGGCAUUAUUCGGAACUUAUUCACGAUGUAUACUACCUUUUGUAAGAGCAAUGGACACUUUCCGUGAAGGCUUGUAACAUGUAAAAAAAGAUCACGAUGUACCUUUCGUAAGAGCACUGGCUGGGACAGUUUGAUGCCAGAUUUUUUGCGAGCUGCUGGUUUUUAUCA